AUGUUUAGAACUCUUGGAACGAGCAGUGUCGACGCUUUUUACAGGCUGAUGUUCCCCGAGAAUGCCAGUGACAGGCCCCUCCCUGUCAUUUUCAUAAACGCACCGCCAAUGUCCGAUAAGUCUGCUGUGUGUCUCCAACUCUACGAUAAAAUCGUGGAGUCAAAGCCAAAGGCUCUCCUAAUGAGAAAAAAACAGUGCUUUGGAGACUUGUUCCUGGCUCACUACGGUUGCAGUUUCAAAGCGUUCUGCGCCAAGAAGUGUGAUAAAGUUGUUUUCAUCGACGAAGCGCAACUCACAUACAGCGACGAGCUGUUGUGGAGAGGCUUCGUGACGUGUGCGAUGGGCUCGAAACUACCAGGACUUCGCUUCGUUAUGCUCGCCUCCUACGGCAACUUUCACGAUAGUCGACUGGAAGGUCGACCCGGAACGCCAAUUUCCAUCCCUCCUGGCAACAGCUUUGAAUUGAACGCGACGCCGACUGGAAAGUGA